UUCCGGAUGAUGCUGUAGACUCAUUGUCCACCAGCCGGAUAUUCUCCGGACAGCAUCAUCCAGACAACAAAAGAUACCUUUGAUCUUACCGAUGAAUUUUAAUAUAUAAAUAACAAGAUAUCCUCAGUUCAUUUAGACUAUCUCAAUCAAUCAAAGAACAAUUUCUUCAAAUUAAACAUUUCACUUCAAUCCUCCUCUACAUCCACAUCCUGAAAUACCCCCAAAAUGACCCAAUCCGACCCUCAAACCACCAGUAUCUCGAACCCCUUCCGCACGCGCAUCCUCUCCGGGCAAAUAACCCCCCUCCUAACAGCCAAAUAUCUAACGACCAACGAGCUCCCCCUUCUCUGCAAGACGACCUCCAUCCAUGCCGUCUUCAUCGACAUGGAGCACUCCGCCCUGGACAUGCGCACCGUGUCUCAACUAAUCCUCGCCUGCCACUGUGCCGGCAUCUCGCCCGUCGUGCGCUCGCCCUCAAAGUCCCACUUCCAUAUCAGUCGCAUCCUGGAUGCUGGCGCCUCCGCGGUGGUAAUCCCGCACGUGGAGUCCGUUGAAGAAGUGAAGGAAAUCGUGCAGCAUGGAAAGUACGCUCCCCUGGGGAAGCGCGGAUGCACGAACAACCAGCCGGCGUUUGGGUUCCGGCACGUUUCUACGAAGGUACAAAAUAAGGUGUUGAAUGAGCAGACGAUGUUGAUUCCGAUGAUUGAGACGCCUGGAGCGGUGGAGAUUGUGGAAGAGAUUGUGGCUGUUGAGGGGGUGGAUGGGAUUUUGGUGGGUUCGAAUGAUCUCUGUUCGGAUUUGGGGAUUCCGGGGGGUUAUGAUACUGCUGAGUAUCAGGAUGCGGUGAGAAGGGUUAUUAAGGCGUGUGUGGAUGCUGGCAAGCCGGUGGGUAUUGGAGGGAUUGGGGGGAGAUUGGAUAUUCUGGAGAUGUGGUUUAGGUUGGGGGCGACGUGGUCGUUGGGUGGACAGGAUGGGGCCAUGUUGCAGGCGGGGAUGAAGGGGUUGAGUCAGAAGUAUGAGGAGAUUAAUGCGAGGUUGGAGAGGGAGUAG